AUGUGUGGGGACCCAGGUGUGCCAGCUAAUGGUUUGAGGCUGGGCAGUGAAUUCACCUACAACAGCACUGUGAGUUUCCAGUGUGCCCCAGGCUUCACUAUGGACGCUGACCGCGCUUCAACCCUGGUCUGCACCAAGGACCGCACAUGGAACGGGACCAAGCCACAAUGCAAAGCUAUAGUGUGUACGGCCCCGCCUCCCAUUCCUAACGGCCAGGUGGUUGGAACAGACUUCACCUGGGGCAACAGCGUUAGUUACGCCUGUAACCAGGGUUACCAGCUCUCCCUGCCCACCAUGAUCACCUGCCAGGGAAACGGAACCUGGAUUGGAGAAAAACCACAGUGCUUCCCUGUGUUCUGUGGAGACCCAGGUGUCCCGGCCCAGGGGAGAAGGGAGGACCGUGGGUUCACCUACCUCUCCUCUGUCUCCUUCUCCUGCUCUCCUCCUUUGGUGUUGGUGGGUUCAGCCAGACGAUACUGUCAGUAUGACGGCAUCUGGAGUGGCACUCAGCCAUCCUGCAUAGAUCCCAGUCACACCACCUGUGGAGAUCCUGGAACACCUCUGUUUGGAAACCAGAACAACACCCAAGGCUACCAGAUCAGCAGUACAGUAUUGUUCAGCUGUAGGAAGGGCUACCUGCUACAAGGCUCCACAACACGCUCCUGUCUCCCCAACCUCACCUGGAAUGGCUUCCAACCAGAGUGUAUAGCCCACCACUGUAGCCAGCCAGAGAUGCCCACGCAGGUGGAUGUGUCUGCCAUCGAGUUGCCGUCUCUAGGUUACACCCUGAUCUACACCUGUCAGCCAGGGUUUUACCUGGCCGAGGGGUCAGAACACAGAACCUGUCGGGGUGACGGGAGCUGGACAGGGAAGCAACCUGUCUGUGCUGCUGAUAUCCGUCCCAGUGGGAAUACAGUGGGGACCGUCCAGGAGCCGCCCAAUCCUAAACUACCAGUCCCAGUUGGUGUGUUUGCUAAGAACAGCCUGUGGAGAGGAUCUUAUGAGUACCUGGGGAAGAAGCAGCCGGCCAUGCUGAGCAUUACCUCCUAUGAAGCCUUCAACCAGCGAGUUAAUGGAACUCUCAUCGACCACAGUGGGGUGGAACUCAAACUGGCUGGUACCUAUAAGAGAGAGGAGUCUCAGCUCCUGCUGCAGGUGCAUCAGAUCAGAGGUCCUGUAGAGAUCUUUGUCAACAAGUUUAAGAUGGACAACUGGGCCCUCGACGGACAUGUGUCCUACAUUGCCUCAUCUAGUUCCUUUGUGUACCAAGGAUUCGUCCGAGGAAAAGGAUUUGGUCAGUUUGGUCUUCAACGACUGGAGAGUUUAGACACGAGCAGAGAGAAUUCCCACUUCCCACCCAACAGCAGUUCAGUGGCAGCGGCCAUCUUAGUGCCAUUCAUAGCCAUGAUCAUCGCGGGCUUCGCUCUGUACCUCUACAAACACAGGAGAAGACCUAAGGUACCGUUUAACAGCUAUUCAGGCCAUGAGAACACUAAUGGUAGAGCUACGUUUGAGAACCCCAUGUACGACCGCAACAUCCAGCCCACCGACAUCCUGGCCAACGAGACAGAGUUUACAGUCAGCACAGUGUGCACGGCGGUAUAGCCACUGUUUCCUCCAGAGGCAGAGGAAGUGGAAGGCGGAAGGAGCAUGUGCCCCUCUUACAAGACAGACCACACCAUCAUCUAACUGAACAGAGGGAAAUACAGACCACACCCUCAUGUAACUGAAUAGAGAAAUACAGACCACACCCUCAUCUAACUGAAGAGAGAAAUACAGACCACACCCUCAUCUAACUGAAGAGAGAAAUACAGACCACACCCUCAUCUAACUGAACAGAGGGAAAUACAGACCACACCCUCAUCUAACUGAACAGAGGGAAAUACAGACCACACCCUCAUCUAACUGAACAGAGGGAAAUGUAGACCACACCCUCAUCUAACUGAACAGAGGGAAAUGUAGACCAACCCAUUGACGAUGACAACGGAACCCGUUGACUAUGACAACGGAACCCACCGCGAACGACAACGGAACCCGGCGCUGACGACAACGGAACCCGGCGCCGACGACAACGGAACCCGCCGCGAACGACAACGGAACCCGCCGCGAAUGACAACGGAACCCGCCGCCGACGACAACGGAACCCGCCGCGAAUGACAACGGAACCCGGCGCCGACGACAACGGAACCUGCCGCCAACGACGAAAAAAGCAGAUUGGGUGACUUUGCAAUGUCUCCUACAACUUCAGCUCUCUGAAAGGAAUAUCUACUAUUGUCUGCCUGAGAUGAGGCAGCAAGGUGGCACUACGCUGUGGCGAUGAUCCUCCUAUGUAUUUUUCACCAAAAACCGAAAGGGAAUUCUAAGGUCAACGUUCAGCAGAGAGACAGUAUUGGCCUGUAGCAGCUGAUACACAGGAGAUGAGAAGAGACCGGUCUGUGCAAACAGUGCGCUGUGUCGUGAAACUUAACUUUGCAUGGACUAGAUCUAUCUGGAUCUAACUGGAUCUAACUGGAGCUAACUAGAUCUAACUGGAUCCAACUGGAUCUAACUAGAUAUAUCUGGAUCUAACUAGAUAUAUCUGGAUCUAACUAGAUCUAACUGGAUCUAAAAAGAUCUAACUAGAUCUAACUGGAUCCAACUGGAACUAACUAGAUCUAUCUGGAUCUAACUAGAUCUAUCUGGAUCUAACUAGAUCUAUCUGGAACUAACUAGAUCUAUCUGGAACUAACUAGAUAUAUCUGGAACUAACUAGAUCUAUCUGGAACUAACUAGAUAUAUCUGGAUCUAUCUGGAUCUCUACGUCCUGCGAAAGGCACUCUGGACCAUAUUUGAUUUCUCUUUGCUGUUUUGGAUGUCAAACAAAUAUUUGGGGGCCAUUCUUUUCCUGACCGAUUGUUUUCUUCACUUCUGGAAGUUUCCUCUGAGGCCUUGAAAAGGGAGAUAAUAUUUGGAGGCCUUUGUUGUUGAAGAUAUGGGCUUGUGUUAUUAUAGCUUUUAACCUCUCCCCCCUUUAGUACGGCUGUAGGGAGGAUCUCUACCCCUCUCCCCCCUUUAGUACGGCUGUAAGGAGGAUCUCUACCCCUCUCCCCCCUUUAGUAAGGCUGUAGGGAGGAUCUCUACCCCUCUCCCCCCUUUAGUACGGCUGUAGGGAGGAUCUCUACCUCUCUCCCCCAUUUAGUAAGGCUGUAGGGAGGAUCUCUACCUCUCUCCCCCAUUUAGUAAGGCUGUAGGGAGGAUCUCUACCUCUCUCCCCCAUUUAGUAAGGCUGUAGGGAGGAUCUCUACCUCUCUCCCCCAUUUAGUAAGGCUGUAGGGAGGAUCUCUACCUCUCUCCCCCAUUUAGUAAGGCUGUUGGGAGGAUCUCUACCCCUCUCCCCCAUUUAGUAAGGCUGUAGGGAGGAUCUCUACCUCUCUCCCCCAUUUAGUAAGGCUGUAGGGAGGAUCUCUACCUCUCUCCCCCAUUUAGUAAGGCUGUUGGGAGGAUCUCUACCCCUCUCCCCCCUUUAGUAUGGCUGUAGGGAGGAUCUCUACCUCUCUCCCCCAUUUAGUAAGGCUGUAGGGAGGAUCUCUACCUCUCUCCCCCAUUUAGUAAGGCUGUUGGGAGGAUCUCUACCCCUCUCCCCCAUUUAGUAAGGCUGUAGGGAGGAUCUCUACCUCUCUCCCCCAUUUAGUAAGGCUGUAGGGAGGAUCUCUACCCCGUGUGUGUGUGUGUGUGUGUGUGUGUGUGUGUGUGCGUGCGUGCGUGCGUGCGUGCGUGCGUGCGUGCGUGCGUGUGUGUGCGUUCUAUUGGCUACAUCAGCAUAUCCCUUGCAGCUUUUUGUUGCUGUUUUAUAAUCAGUUCAUCCCAAAGACUCAUCCAUGUGCUGAAACAGGUCAUCUGGCAUCCAGGACAUUUCUCAUUAUACUGAUACAUGUCCAGAUUAAAACUCAACACAACACAAUGUUUUUUUGACACCAAUAAAUCACACCUAGUAUUUUACGAGCAAUUAGUGUCAGAUUUAAUGGAUCACUACGGAUAAUAGCUCUGCAAUCUAUUAUCUUUGGGACAUCAGCUCGACAUUCUGGGAUACUCCAGACAGACAGAUUAAUACUGUAAUGACAGAGUGGUUUCUACACCAGACAGACAUACUGACUCCUACUGUAAUGACAGAAUGGUUUCUACACCAGACAGACUGACUCCUACUGUAAUGACAGUAGUUUCUACACCAGACAGACUGACUCCUACUGUAAUGACAGUGGUUUCUACACCAGACAGACAGACUGACUCCUACUGUAAUGACAGAGUGGUUUCUACACCAGACAGACUCCUACUGUAAUGACAGAGUGGUUUCUACAUCAGACAGACUCCUACUGUAAUGACAGACAUGGACAAUGAGGCUGGGGGCCAGUACAUGGACAAUGAGGCUGGGGGCCAGGACAUGGACAAUGAGGCUGGGGGCCAGGACAUGGACAAUGAGGCUGGGGGCCAGUACAUGGACAAUGAGGCUGGGGACCAGUACAUGGACAAUGAGGCUGGGGGCCAGUACAUGGACAAUGAAGCUGGGGACCAGUAUAUGGACAAUGAGGCUGGGGGCCAGUACAUGGACAAUGAAGCUGGAGGCUAGGACAUGGACAAUGAAGCUGGGGGCCAGUACAUGGUAUGAGCUCCCUGAAGCAGUUUUGCAGGUUUACUGAGAGGAAGAAGAAUGACUGUAGCAGGGAAGGUCUUGUCUGGUUCUACAAACUGACUGGCUACUACUGGUCUAUUCAACUCUUAAAGGAAAACUCUUAGUGGAUCACCAGGCUGGUAGAAACACACGUUGAAGCGGGAAAGGUUUGAUCUAGAUUUCUAGACCCACUCUCUACCUGGACUAGUCACCUCCUGCUCCUGUAUUGGUCUGCUCUGGUUUUCAAUAAACUCAUACAACUUAGGGAUCCUUUCCACUGCUUGAACCAAGUUUGUUUUCCCUCCUGUUGUAGCCUAGUGGCUAGAGUGUAGAGGCGGCAGGGUAGUCUAGUGGUUAGAGUGUAGGGGCGGCAGGGUAGUCUAGUGGCUAGAGUGUAGAGGCGGCAGG